AAGGUUCCGAAAUUCACCUUGCUCGUCGCCCAUAUAUCCUCUUUCCACAGACACAAAACAACAUCUUACACCUAUAACAGAAUGUUCCUCCGGCCAACUUCUAUACCAUCGGCCGUCUCGCAAAUCAGAGCACAGCUUUUCGCUGGUCCUUCCUCUCUUGCUUCCCAAAUCCAGGUACGAUGGGCCUCGAAAGCAGCUGGUGGAAAGUCGAAGAAUGGUAGAGAAUCGGCUGGUAGGAGAUUAGGUGUGAAGCGAUAUGGCGACCAAUAUGUGACUCCUGGAACUAUCAUUGUGCGACAGCGAGGAGCCAAUUUCCAUCCCGGGCAAAAUGUCGCUGUCGGCAAAGACUUUACCAUUUACGCCCUUCAACCAGGCUACGUCAAGUUUUACCAACAUCACCUUCCCUAUCCCCAUCUUUCACGACCCGACCAACCGGGUCCUCAGAAUGUGCCGUCGGUAAAGAGGCCGAGGCAGUUUAGGCAGUUUGUGGGUAUUGCGAGGGAUAGGGAAGACAAGUUGCCGAGAGAUGAGAGGGCUGUGGGGAGGGAGAGGAGAUUCUGGGGUUGGCCCAAGGAGAAGGUUGAGGUCGUUCCCGAGGCGGCUGUUGAGAGCGCCGCGGGUAUCCAGGCAUAGAGAGCCCGUCAUGCAUCUUUGACUCGAUUAUUACGAUCGACUAGGAAAGAAGGAGGCAUGUUCAUUGUCGAGACAACGGAAAAAAGAAAAAAGAAA